AUGAUUACCAGUUUGCAUUAUAAUAUAAAUACAUCCUUACUCUCUUUACCCCUCCCCCCUUUCCGGGGGCCCAGAGCAACAUGGGCUUCGAUGGUGGGGACGGGAUAUGUGUUUAGACGGAGACAAUUCGACGACGAACAGAAAUUUCUGUUGGUUUAUCGCUUGAUUCAUUUUCGUCCCGUCGUGUCCACCCACCCCUUAUUCCAUCCCCCCCCUUCCGCCAUUCUCUCUCUCUCUCUCUCUCUCUCGGCAGUUCUGCCUCUUUUUCUUCCCUUUUUCUUUUUUGUUUUUUUUUUUUUUUUUUCUUUUUUUUUUUUCUUUUUAUUUUCUUUUUUUUUUUUUUUUUUUUUUAUCUUUCUGUGUCAGUGCCUCUGCUUAUCACUUCCUUGUUUAGCCGUCAUCUCCUUUCCUUUCAUUUCUUGCUUGCUCCUCCACUCUGAACCGUUAUUGUCUUUCUCUUCCUCAUCGCUCUGCCAUCACGGUCCACUUUCUUCUCUCUCCUCCCUUUCCUCGCUUUGUCGUUAUCGUCUUUCUUCUUUUCCUCCUCCUCCUCACUUAACUGUCAUUGUUUUAUGUUUUUCUCUUCCUCCCCCUUCCUUACUCAGCCAUUAUCAUCUUUCUUCUCUUCCUCCUCCUUACUUGACUCCAUCAUUGUCUUAUCUUCCUCCCCCUCCUCACUCGGUCGUUGUCAUUUUUCUCUUCCUCCCCCUCCUCACUCGGUCGUUGUCACCUUCUCUUCCUCCCCCUCCUCCUCACUCGGCUGUCGUAGCCGUCUUCUCUUCCUCCCCUCCUCCUCACUCGGCUGUCGUAGCCCCGUCUUCUCUUCCUCCCCCUCCUCCUCACUCGGCUGUCGUAGCCGUCUUCUCUUCCUCCCCCUCCUCCUCACUCGGCUGUCGUAGUCGUCUUCUCUUCCUCCCCCUCCUCACUCGCUUCCCUCUCUCUCUAAUCCAUCCUUUCUCUAUUCAUUGCUUUAAUCAGGCUCCUUCACACCUUACUCUCCUUAAUUUUCUCAGGAUCCUUUGCACCUUACUCUUCUUAAUUUCACUUUUUGAUUUUAUUUCUUUUAUUGAUUUCCUUGUCCCUAAUUUCUCCAUGCUUCCUUCUUCUCUAUGCUCCCCCUCUUUAUGCACCCCAUUUUUCUCUAUGCCUCCUCUUUCUCCUUUAUUCUCUGUGCCCCCCUUUCUCCUUUAUUCUCUGUGCCCACCUUUCUCCUUUAUUCUCUGUGCCCCUUUCUCCUUUAUUCUCUGUGACCCUUCUCCUUUAUUCUCUGUGACCCCCUUCUCCUUUAUUCUCUGUGCCCCCCUUUCUCCUUUAUUCUCUGUGACCCCCUUCUCCUUUAUUCUCUGUGACCCCCUUCUCCUUUACUCUCUGUGA